AGGGAGAGAGAGAUGAUGAGAGAAUCAUUAAUCCGCUGCCUUCUGCACGCCCCACACUGGGGAUGGAGCUGGCAACCCCGGCAUGUGCCCUGACCGGGAAUUCAACCGUGACCUCCUGAUUCAAGUGUCCAAGGUCAACUACUGAGGCCACACCUGCCCAGCGAAAGUAAUUUUUCAUUUCUCGCGUUGAGCUGGCUUUACUUGUUACCUAAUGGAACAGCAACGAAGUUUGGAGUAUGACUACAGGCUUUGUAUUUCAAUCAAUUACCAUUGAUUACCCAAAAAACAGGGCGCAACAACUUUUCCUUGGGAGGCAGGGCCCCCCUCCCCGGAAGCGCCGUCCGCCCCGCCCUCCUGCUUUGGUUUCCUGGUUGCUAGGCUACCGGCGCCCUAGCCGAAAGCGGUGGCGGGUGAGCGAGGUUAGCUCCUCUGCCCCGGGCACAGCUGGGCAUCUGUACCCGCUGUGCCGUGGCCUCCCGCCUCGCCGAGGAUCUUCAACCACCUUAGGCGCCGCGCCCUCCACUGAGCCUGGGACCGGCAGGAAGGAGCGCAGAGGCGGUUGCACCUUUCCCUCCGCGCUUCUCGGAAAUCUCCCUUCCCCGCCACCACCACCCUUCGGGAAACUGCCCUUCACGCCUUACCCGGACCAGGAAGCCCUGAACCCCUGAAUUUCGGGCCUCUGACUUUUCUUUUCCAUCCACCCCGAGACAACUUUUCUCGUUUUUUUUCACAUCUUGCGGCACCUUUCUGCUUCGGAGAGGAAAGCAUGGGGCCUGCCAGGGUAAGGGUGCCUCGGGAGGAGAAGGCUGGAAGACGUGUCGCCCUCCCUAGUUUCUCAGCUUCUGUGUAAUCAGCUGACCUUUUGGAAACCGGCAAGGGUUGUGGCUGGAUGCCUAUGUGAAUGACUGGUCUCCAGUAUGCCAUACAGAAGCAACAUGUUCCCAGCAUUGGAAGCAGAGCUAAAGCAGAAGGUCGGUACACACCCCUCUCCAGGAAACUCCACAGAAAUCCAGUACUAGAUAAGAAUACUCUUCCUGAUCCCUAUGAAGUCUUUAUGUACCAUCACCUCCAGUACUAUGGCUACUUUAAAGAUGAAAGAGGCAGUGUACCAAACGUGGCUACGCACCAGCAUGUUUGGAAGAAUAAGCCCCGAUUUGUCUUGAGUGACUCUUUUGGGGGAAGAGAUGAUUUGAUACCAGACCACCUGGAAAAGGAGAACCUUCUAUGGCCUACCUGUCUGUCCUCAGCUGUGCAUCAACAGACAGACGCUGUGAGCAAAGAUUCCUUUAUGCUGAGUUCAUCACUUCUCAGGAGCAGACUCCUUCUUCACGAUGAUUUUGGUGAAGUAAACCCAUGUCUUCGGGAACCCCAAGAUCUCUUUGCCUUUUACUCUUGCAGCGGGCAACUGCAGGUUCCCAGGUGGCCAAUAGAAUGCGAGGUCAUCAAAGAAAGCAUUCAUCAUAUUGAGGGAGUUCCACCUCAACCAGAAUAUUUUUAUCAACCUACAGGAAAUGAAAAGGUACCAGAAAUUGUAGGAGAGGAAAAAGGCACAAUUGUCUAUCAAUUAGAUUCAGUGCCCACCAAAGGCUCCUAUUUCACCAGCUCCAGAGUGGGAGGCAAGCGGGGAGUGAUCAAGGAGCUCGCUGUCACACUGCAAGGACCAGAAGAUAACACCCUCCUGUUUGAAUCAAGGUUUGAGAGUGGGAAUCUGCAAAAAGCUGUCAAAGUAGACACCUAUGAGUAUGAACUCACCUUACGAACUGACCUCUACACGAACAAACACACUCAGUGGUUUUAUUUUCGAGUUCAGAACACCAGAAAAGAUGCCACCUAUCGCUUCACCAUCGUCAACUUGCUAAAACCCAAGAGCCUUUAUACUAUAGGAAUGAAGCCGCUCAUGUACUCCCAAUUGGAUGCCAACACCUACAACAUUGGCUGGAGGAGAGAAGGAAAUGAAAUCAAGUACUACAAGAACAACACGGAUAAUGGGCAGCAGUCCUUCUACUGUCUCACGUGGACCAUUCAGUUUCCUCAUGACCAGGACACUUGCUUCUUUGCACACUUCUACCCAUAUACAUACACGGAUUUGCAAUGCUACCUCAUGUCGGUGGCAAAAAACCCUGUCCAGUCUCAGUUCUGCAAACUCCGCACUUUAUGCAGGAGCCUUGCCGGAAAUACCGUGUACCUGCUCACCAUCACCAACCCAUCCCGAACCAGGCAAGAGGCUGCUGCGAAGAAAGCCGUGGUCUUGAGCGCCAGGGUCCACCCUGGGGAAAGUAAUGGCUCCUGGAUCAUGAAAGGCUUUUUGGACUUCAUUCUUAGCAACUCCCCAGAUGCCGAGCUCCUCAGAGAUAUCUUUGUCUUCAAAGUGAUUCCCAUGUUAAAUCCAGAUGGAGUGAUUGUGGGGAAUUACCGGUGUUCGUUGGCUGGCAGGGACUUGAACAGGCAUUAUAAGACCAUUCUGAAGGAGUCUUUCCCCUGCAUCUGGCACACCAGGAACAUGAUCAAGAGACUUCUCGAAGAAAGGGAAGUUCUCUUGUAUUGUGAUUUCCAUGGCCACAGCCGCAAGAAUAACAUCUUCCUAUAUGGCUGUAAUAGCCAUGAUCGCAAGUACUGGCUUCAUGAACGAGUCUUUCCUUUCAUGUUGAGCAAAAAUGUACCAGACAAGUUCUCUUUUCAUAGUUGUAAUUUUAAGGUCCAAAAGUGCAAAGAAGGAACAGGACGAGUCGUGAUGUGGCGGAUGGGAAUCCUGAACAGCUACACCAUGGAGUCUACCUUUGGCGGGUCCACCCUGGGCAAUAAAAGAGACACUCAUUUUACCACUGAGGAUCUGAAGUCCCUAGGCUACCACGUCUGCGACACCCUCCUGGAUUUCUGUGAUCCUGACCGAACCAAGUUCAUGCAGUGUCUAGUAGAGCUUAAAGAGCUCUUACAAAAGGAAAUUUAUAAGAAAUUCAAUGAACUUGGACAAGAUACGGAUUUAGAAAGAAGUUGGAAUGACAUCUCUUUCUCUGACAUCGAAUCCAGCACCAGUGGUUCUGACAGUUCCCUCUCAGACGGUCUCCCUGUUCAACUCCUGAACAUAGCACAUGAGUUGCAUCAUAAGAAGACGAUAUACAAGAAGAAAAAAAAGAAGCCGCUUCAGACGAGGAAACAGCGAAAUGAACAGUAUCGGAAAAAUAAUAUGAUACGGGAGUUGAAGUCAACAGAAGAUGCCCUGAAAAGACCAGGAUUUGCUUCCACGAUGCAAAAGCAGCCUUCCUUUUUAAAAUAUUCUGAGAAUGCCAGUUCUUCAACAGUAAAAAAUGAAAGACCAAGGAUGAAUGAGUCACAGUUAAAUGGAAGAGACAAAGACAUCUCCCUGGACCUGUCAAAAGCAAAUAGCUUGAUUCUGACUAAGAAUAAAGAAAGAAAGCAGACAGAAAAGCCAGGAUUUGCAUGCUCUUCAAAGAGAAGCACAAACACCGGCCAAGAGCCAGAUCCGGAUACGAAGCCACACUGGUCCAGGAACAGGUUUCUUGCCACAAAGAGAGGCCACACCACCGUGGCGGGGUGCCCGUCCUUGCACAUAUACACAUUCCCGUAGGGCCCUGGGGCCGCACUACACGGUGCCUCCAUGGCAUGUUUUGGGUGAGCCUCAUUUGUAAUGAGGGAGUUGUGUGGUGGGUAACUACGCUCGUUGGUGGUGUACUGUGUUGUGCAUUCACAUGCACUGACCUUCCACUAUGUGCAUGCCUUCAAGAUGCACACCUCAUUCAUUAAAUUACUUUUCAUAAAAUGAAGCUUCAUUGUGAUGUAUGGAAAAGCUUCCUUUAUCAGAAGUUCAAGUGUGUUCUCCUGGAACUAUAGACAGAAAUACCUCACUUUAACCAGUAGAUAUCCUGUCUAAAAUUAUGGGCAAAUCAAUUUUAAGUGAUAAACUCUGUUUUAAACAUAUUCUGUGAGUGUGCCAUGUUAAAAAUGUGUCACAACUUGCUAGUGAUGUCAAACUGUGGUAUCUCAGACUUGCUCAGGAUGAGAUGUUCCCACAUAUAGAAAACAAUUCAUGUAUUACCCGAAAUUUAAUGUUGCAUAUAUUAUGUUCAACACAGUUAUGUAAGUUUUAAAACCCAUUUAUUAAAAUUAUUUCUCUAUAACCAGUUGUUUCCAUUGAUUGGUUAACUGCAUAAGCUUUUGUGAACAGGAAUUUUAGGUCCCUCACAAGCACCUAUGUUGUCAGCGUGCUAGUAUCAUGUUCAGAAAGGAUCACCCCAGGUCCUCCCAGGCUUCCCAUUUGAAUUACUUUCUUCCUAUCACAUUGGGGUGCAGCCCUACACCUUUUUGCUUUUUCUUUUAAAUAUAUUUUUAUUGAUUUCAGAGAAGAAGGAAGAGGGAGAGAGAGAUAGAAACAUCCAUGAUUCGCUCAUCAUGGAUCAGCUGCCUCUUGCAAGUCCCCCACUGGAGAUCGAGCCCACAACUCAGGCAUGUGCCCUUGACCGGAAUCGAACCU